AUGUCGCUCGUCAGAGACUCCCCCGAUACCUGGACGGCCAACGGCGUCGAGUCCUCCUUCCGUGUCAGCUUCGACGUAGACUCCUCGCCCACUGGGACGACCGAUGUCUGCGGCUGGGGCUGGCGAUUCAAGUGGGACAGCUCGUAUGGUCCCAUUGCUGUCUACUUCGACCCGUACCUUGUCGCGAACGCGGAGUACGGACGCGUAUCGUGCACCGCCAAUGUCGUAGCAACAGGACUGUCGAAGUAUGGCUUGGAUUACUCUUUGCGGACGUUCUCCUUCAACCUCCCCUUGAGUCGCUUCAUCUCCGAGUCCCCAUCUACAGAGCCUCCUCAAAACACUCAGAAUUCGGCGCUUAUCGGCUCAUGGACACACAGGAAGAUGAAACGCUUCAGCUCUACGUUCAACUCACAACCGCCAAUCUUGAAGCUUACCAUAUCCUUUGAGGCCACCUUCGCGCUUACUCCUCCUCAGCCUGUCACCAUCCAGACCCGCCUCCCAUUCUCUGACGAGCCCCUCCCAACACGCGUCCGCGCCUCUCUUGUCGACACGAUCCAUGGCGGCGAGCUCAUCGAUGUCAAGUUCUGGGCAUAUUCGCGCACGCGGAAAGGCUACGCCUAUAAUUCCCGUCCGCUCUAUGGAAAUCUCAGGCUCAUGCGCGGGACUUCGAAACAGUUCGAUAAAGAUCUUGACGACAUGUUCAGCGGAUUUUUCGAAUCGGGGCAGACGGAUAUUACGAAUGACCAGGCUCCCGAGGAUGCGUUUGACGGUUACGACUACAUGUCCGACAGCGACCUCGAGGACGGCGAGGAAUUCGAUGGCGACACGGAUAUGCACGGCCAAGAAACCGGGCCAGAUGAGGUAGAGCAGCCUGUCGCUGGACCGAGCACACAGCGGCGUUCGACAUCGCCUGAUGUGAUAGUUAAGCAGGAGCUCCAGGGGCGUCGCGGCCAUCGCAUUGUCAUCAAGGGACAUGCUUACAACACUUGGAAAGCCUUGAUAUACUACCUGUACACAGGCAAGAUACACUUCCGUGAGGUCGGCGGCAGAGUCUCGCGUUUCGACUUGAGUUACCGGUACCCGAGGGAAGACGGGGCACCGGAAUGCUCGCCGAAGUCAAUGUACAAACUCGCGGACAAGCACGGCCUCGCGGAACUCAAGCUGCUCGCGUUCGAGGCGAUCCGUGCGCGGCUCUCCGUCGACACUAUAGUCCACGAAGUGUUCUCCAACUUCACCGCCAUGUUCGACGAGGUCAAGACAAUGCAAGUCGCCUUUCUCCGCGCAAACCUGCAGACGGCCGCCGUGCGCGAGUCGAUGACACGGAGGCUGCUGUACUUCUGCGCGGAACGUGGCUCGUCGGCGUCCGCCGCGGUGCUGCAGGACGUCAUAUUUGGUCCAGCUCCUGCUAGCCCGCCGGCGCAAUCAGUCGAGAAGCCUGAGGAGCUAGAUUGGAAUGACUCAUACGGAACUUGA